UAAGUUGAUUAGACUAACAUGGAGGCCGAUUCCUUAAUAACGCGUCAUAGUGCCCCCUUUUUCUGUUUUACACCUCCAAUGGAGCAACUAUCAUCACUAUUCCAGCGACUUUGACCAAAGGAAAGCAGAGGUGGGGUCCUUUCCCCGUGUGGGAUGGCGGUAAGGAUCCGCUCCUGCACCGAACACCACAGUUCUGCUGUGACUGGCCUGACGAGACUCUGCCCUGGGUUCCUUCUGGAGAGGCUCCCCCUCCUCCCGGUUGUCGCCGCAGUCAGACGUGGAAGGCGAUUAGUUAUGACGGGCGCCGACGAGGGGGCUCCUGCUCCUCUUGUGCGGGGCCGCGCGUAGACAUGAGGAUUCCGGUGGUGCGGAUGCCUGCCAGAGAGGCUUGCUGAGAGGAAAAAACGUGCUGACAACCAAGAUCGCCUGUGCUCGCCAAGGAGGACUUCUGUGCAGAAGCUGCGGGGCAAGCAAAUCCGCCGUGUAAGCGAAGGAUACAAAAGAAGAGGACGCAUAAAAAGGACAAGCCAUCUCAUGGGGAAACAUUUGCAUGAAGGACUUUGUCAUUGACGGCACACUUCCCUGUUUGAAGGUUCACACAGGCAGAUGUGAAGGUUCCUGAUCCAUGGAGAAUUACUUCCAGGCCGAGGCCUUCAACCUGGACAAGGUGCUGGAUGAGUUUGAGCAGAACGAAGAUGAGAGCGACUCCCCCCGUCUCACAGAUGCCAAGUGGACGCAGAUUCUGGCCCCACCAACUCACCUGCUCUCGCUGAACCCCGCCCUGGCCCAUGCAGACCUCAGCCCGAGGGAGAGUCCACUGUCCUUAAAGACCCUCCCCGACCCCCCCUCCAAUGCCGACCCCAAAAGACAUCCAGGUGGCGAACCUCCUUCGUGGUCAGCGGAGGAGCGGCCGGCUGAUGUGCACAGCCCACCGCUCCCCCAGCCCAAUAUCGGCAAGCUGGUGGGGGCGGACGACCUGUCGCCGCUGCCUGUGACGGACUGCGGUGCCUUGGAGAACGGGCACCCGUGCCCGGAUACUGUCCUCAAGCAGACCUGGCUGAGAUCUUCUGCCCAGGAAGUUGAUGCGCGUGCUGGAGAGCCUCAUGGGGAGGCCCCCACUGUGUCCCGCUUCACCUUUGAGGUGGGACAGGAACAGGAAGAAACUCUCUGUGGUGAGAAGGUCGAUCCACAAGGGGAAGCAGCUACACUCAAUGGUGUCCAAGCGGACGCGUUCACCGAUGCGUCGCAGGCAUCAAAGGUUGAGCAUGUGGAAGGAUGUUUCAACGGAGGAACAGACCAUCAGGAUGCCGAGGAGAUUGGAAGUCCUGGAAAAGUUCAAGCGUGGACGAAUAAGAUGAGUCAACUUCAGGGACAUUCCGAGCAGCUCUUCAGCCUUGCAAACAGCUUGGAGCCCGAGAAUGGGAGCAGGUUAAAUAUUCAGGGGACAGAGGAGGAGGAGGAGAGAUUGUCUCCUUCACCUGUCCCCUCCAAGGAAGACUCUGUGACCGAGGAGAAGGAGAUGGAGGAGAGCAAGCAGGAGAACGGUGACGGGUCAGCAUCAGGUGGUGUCCAACCAAAGCUGAACAACAGUUGUCUCCAGCCGGUCAGCGUGACGUACGGGGGAGCCCGACCCAAGCAGCCGGUCAGCCUCAAACUCCAGAUCCCUCAGCCUCUCGCAGGACAGGUCCAAAAUCAGCUGGGCCCAUCUGCCAGUAGCAAGAACAAGAACCUCGACAGUUGCAGAGGAACACCGUGUGAAACCACGCCAGAGGUAGCUCUGGUCAACGGGGACAAUGCAGUUCUUCCUCCCCCGCUGAUGUUGGCCUCGGAGAGUCCGGACAACGACCUCCAGGCCGGACAGCACGGCUCCCUCAACAGGAAACAGCCCAGCUCAUUGGGGGAGCUCGCCCCCAUUUGGGUACCCGACUCCCAGGCCCCUGUGUGCAUGAGAUGUGACAUCAAGUUCACCUUCACCAAAAGGAGGCACCACUGCAGGGCGUGUGGCAAGGUCUUUUGUGCGACCUGCUGCAGUCUGAAAUGCAAGCUGCCCUACAUGGAUAGGAAGGAGGCUCGCGUGUGCGUCACCUGCCAUUCGUCUCUAACCAGCGCUUUGACGUUGGAGUCGGAGGUCGCCGUCAGCAACCAGAGUCCCAACCCCAACAACCCAGCUGAGUACUGCUCCACCAUCCCCCCUAUGCAGCAGGCCCAGGCCUCAGGAGUUCUCAAUUCGCCUCCUCCCACCGUCAUGGUGCCUGUGGGGGUCCUCAAGCCGCCUGGCAACGAGGCAUCCAUGACACGGGAGCAGAGGAGAAUCUGGAUUUCUGAUGGCGUUCUGCCCAACGGGGACGCAGAAGAGUCCCCGAAACCUCCCGCCUCCACCCCCUCGCAGUCACAAGCCGUCUCGGCGUAUGCAAGCAAAAUCUCCAGAUCAGAGUUGGAAGAGGCCACUCCGGCUCCUGUGUGCCCGCUUGGAAGCCCCGUGGGCAGCGCCCUCAGCCUGAUCCCGGAGGACGGGCUUCCUCCCAUCCUCAUCUCCACCGGCGUCAAAGGAGGUACGGGAGGCCACAUCACAGCACUCACAAUGCUCCCGUUUGCUCCGCCCCCUCCACAUGCAGACUAUGCAGUGGAGGAGAGGCCAUCAGAGAUGGUCCUCAUGCAGCAGCUGGAAGAGGGAGGCCCGGACCCGCUGGUCUUUGUCCUCAACGCCAACCUGCUGGCCAUGGUCAAGCUUGUCAAUUACGUCAACAGGAAGUGCUGGUACGUGACGACAAAGGGCAUGCAUGCAGUCGGCCAGGCGGAGGUGGUGAUCCUUCUCCAGUGUCUACCUGAUGAGAAGACCUUCCCCAAAGACAUCUUCACCCACUUCGUGCACCUCUACCAGGAGGCGCUCAGCGGCAACGUGCUGAGCCACCUGAGCCACUCCUUCUUCACGCAGAGCUUCCUGGGCAGCAAGGAGCAUGGCGGCUUCCUCUACAUCAGCCCCUCCUUCCAGUCGCUGCAGGACCUGCUGCUUCCCAACCCGCCUUUCCUUUUUGGAGUCCUCAUCCAGAAGUGGGAGACUCCCUGGGCUAAGGUCUUCCCCAUUCGACUCAUGCUGCGGCUGGGCGCAGAGUACCGAUUUUAUCCAUGCCCGCUGUUCAGCGUCCGUUUCCGGAAGCCGCUUUUUGGAGAGACGGGUCACACCAUCAUGAAUCUACUAGCAGACUUCCGCAACUACCAGUACGCAUUGCCAGUGGUGAAAGGUUUAGUGGUGGACAUGGAGGUGAAGAAGACCAGCAUCAAGAUCCCCAGCAACCGUUACAAUGAGCUGAUGAAAGCCAUGAACAAGUCUAACGAGCACGUCCUGGCCAUGGGGGCGUGCUUCAACGAGAGGGCCGACUCCCACCUGGUGUGCGUGCAGAACGACGACGGCAACUACCAGACGCAGGCCAUCAGCAUCCAUCACCAGCCACGCAAAGUGACUGGCGCCUGUUUCUUCGUGUUCAGUGGGGCCCUGAAGGCCUCAUCGGGCUUUUUGGCCAAAACAAGCAUUGUAGAAGACGGCGUGAUGAUCCAGAUCACAGCCGAGACCAUGGACUCUCUGCGGCAAACACUGAGGGACAUGAAGGACUUCAGUAUCAUGUGCGGGAAAGCCGACCAGGAAGAGAACCGAGAGCUGGUGCACGUGCAGUGGACGGAAGACGACCACAACUUCAACAAAGGUGUCAUCAGCCCAAUCGACGGCAGAUCAAUGGAGUCCAUCACCAGCGUGAAGAUCUUCCAUGGCUCAGAGUUCAAAGCCAACGGCAAAGUCAUCCGCUGGACGGAAGUGUUCUUUCUUCACAGCGACGAUCAACCCAAUGGGCUGAGCGACCCGGCCGACCACAGCCGCCUGACGGAAAACGUGGCCAGAGCUUUCUGCACGGCGCUCUGCCCGCACCUCAAGCUGCUCAAGGAGGACGGCAUGGCCAAGCUGGGGCUGAGGGUCACGCUGGACUCGGACCAGGUGGGCUACCUGGCAGGAAGUAACGGACAGCCUCUGCUGCCUCAGUACUUGAGUGACCUGGACAGCGCUCUCAUCCCCAUCAUCCACGGCGGAGCGUGCCAACUGAGCGAGGGUCCUGUGGUGAUGGAGUUGGUCUUCUACAUCCUGGAGAUCAUCUCCUAGAAGCUGGUGACCAACCAGCAACAAGCACCUUCAUCAACCUCCACCCUUCCCCCUUUCAGCAGACAAAAGGUCAGGCCAGGUUUAUGAAUUUGGACGCGGAUCGGCUGCCAGGUUAGCCCGUCCAGAAGGAGCAACCAGGAGGAGCAACAAUCAUCAGCAUCUUUAAAACCUGCAGGAGGUUUUCAAACAUUUGCAUGAGGAGGUUCCAAAUAUGAGCGCAGUGCUGUCAGUGACCACCAGGUGGCAUCAUGUAGCUCCCCCCCAUGUAGUCACUAGUCUCCAAAGUGAAGCCUCCUUGUAGCAGGACAGAUCCUGAGCCUGAAUACCUCCGAGCAGCUUGGACUCCAGCUACUGAUGCACAGGUGCCCUUUCUUAUUUUGUAUUUUUGGUAUUUUCUUUUGCACCCGGUGCUCGGUGCCUGCGGCGGCAGCCCGUCAACACUUUUCUGUUUGAGUCCCGAAGCUUUACUCCUCGAUCACCAGAUACAUUGACUUGAGUGUUUGCGGAGACGGGGAAGCAUUCUGCAGCUUAGAGCCUCCAGAGAUUCCACAACAAUAACACACUUUGCACCAGGACUGCUAAUGACAGACAAAGGUUGCAAUGCUUUACUGGUCAUCGGGCCACAAAGAAGACACUAUAAGCAGCGAUACACACACACACACACACACACACACACACACACAGAGUGUGUAAGAACUGAAAUCAAAUGCAGAAUCAGUGCACUGGAUUCUAAGCCAUUUCCGGGAGUGUUUUUCCAGCGGGUUCAGUGUUGGUGAAGAUCCACAGUGAGUGUGUUUUUGCUUUUUUGGAUGGAGCCGAAGCUUGAAUGUAUUCCAUUGCACAUUUUGUCCAAAUCCCACAAAUCCUAACUUUUGCAAAAACGUCGCAGACGUACGUGUGGUGUGCGAUUAUGGAGCCGAGGACCUUUUUGGUGCUCAGGACUUUUAGCGACAUGGACCUGCAACACCUUGAAGAAUGUAUUCCUUCCCUUUUGUGUUAGGAUGCAAACAGCUCUGUACAGUCCUUUCUCAUUCAUGUCAAUUUUGUUUUCAUUCAAGCCAAACAAUCGUUACAAUCUCUGCAGACAAUCAGGUGCUUACUCAGAUCCGGUGUAGCAAACUUACACGCUAACAUGUCUGCUCAACGCCAAACGAGAGGGUCGAGGGUUACCGUUUGUGCACCAUCAUGUCUCCUAUCCAAACGACUUUUUUUUCCUCUUGAACCUUAUUGUCCACAAGGAAAACACUGCAUGUCAACACACUGCAUUUUUAUUAUAAUUAUUAUUAACAUCCUCUUAUUAUUCAGUUUUAUGUUCAAAAUACUUUUCUAUUCUUAAAAUCAGUUCAAAUGCCCAAAUCCUGUGUAUAUCCUUUGUGCUUCACAAUAAAAAUCUAAAAAAUAUAUUACCUACAGCAAAAAAGUAGUAGAGUAUAUGUGAAAUAAAUACAA